AUGCAUAUGUUAUUCAAUUUUAGUUGGAUAUGCUAUUAUAAUUACACUUAUAGCUAUUAAAGCAUUCAGUAGAUUGAUGAAGUCUUCAACUANCUUAAAAAGAUUGAAUAGAAUGAGUAAUUAAUUGAUUUAUUUUUAUAGAUAGAGAGAUCCUGAUAUGCUUACUCGAUUAGUAAAAGUGAUUACAAAACCUAAUUCUGAUAAUAAAGAAGAAGUUAAAACAAACUUUGAAUAUCAUGAAUAAAGACUAAAGGAUAUGAGAACAAGGACUAGAUAAAUUUAGAGAGCUGGAUUUUGA